AUUUGAAUAGGCCAUGAGUAUCCUUCAAACCCCGGGUACAAAGAUCGUGAUCAUUUAUACUUGAAGUUAAUUGCCAUUCGCUAUAACUGUAGUCUUCUUUUAUUUCUGAUUUGAAGACGGGGAGGAAAAUUUAAGUCUUGGCAGAUCUAUCGUGUUACACGCAGGGUGUCUCUCAGUACAGCAAGCAAAGCAAGCAGCCCAACAGGCAAAGUCUUUUAUUCUUUAUCUGGUCUCCAUGACGACGUGUACUUAACAACGCGAUUACAUUGCAUAAUAUGGAGAUUAAUUCCCUUGUAUGGCAGAUUCUGGAGUAAACUGAAAAUAUCAGACCGUUUAAAUAGCAUAGCACCACGAUAUAAAAGUAACCAGCGUUAAAAACAUUCUGUGAAAAAAUUUCAAAUUUUGGCUGCUGAGAUUUGUUUGACUGAUAGAGUUGAGCUUUUCACGCUGAUGGGAAUCCCAAGACGACGCAGAUAUCUUUACCACGAAGUGAUUUGAUUUUCAUUGACUUGAGCAGGUAAAAUUUAAGUUGUGGACAAUUGCCAGGAAGACAUCUGAGUGCAAAAUAAUCUGAUGUAAGGAGAAUGUCAUCAGUUUGAAACAGAAGCGCUUCUUUUUGUUUUCGUAGCUUUGUCACAAGAGAAAUGUCAACCAACUAGACUUAAUUUGAAACACCGCCGAACUCAGUACAAAGUAAAUGGCAACAAAACGGCCUAAGACCCCCGUACCCGCACAUGACCGUUACGAGACCAUUCGUACUCGACAACCGGACUGGUUAGAUGCUUACAACCGAGUCCACGAACGCCAAAAGGAGUACCUCGACUCCGUCGGAAAAAUGAGACAGAGUCUUAUCCAACAGGAGCACGAUAAUAUGAUGUUUGCCAUUAACAGACUCAAAAAGAUGAGUUUUUCCGGCAAAUACGACGUCCAUACUCUGCGCGAGAAAGAAAAGGAGAAAAUAUGGGGGAAGCGUUCUGACCAGUCGGAGGAGAGCGAUCCAGCCACGUGGUCAACGCGGAAACAGCGCAUGCGCGAAAGACAGUGCAGUUUCUACAUCUCACCGAUUCACUCGCGCAUUAAGCCUGCGAAUCCCAACGAUGUGUUUAAUAGCCAGCUCUCAGCUGUCGAUGGACCUCCUGCGGAGAAUAAAGCAGACGGGUGUGGGGGAGGUCGACAUCGCCAUGGAAUUCUGGUUUCUCACAGGUCCGGGCGCCUUCAUGCGGGUACUCGCAUGGCGCGCCAUGGGACCGACUAUGAGCCCAUAGAGGUUCUGGACCAACGGAACAAACUCAACUGGGACAAGACGGUCCGGUCCCAUGACAUAUCCCAUGAGAAAAACGCUGCUGAAUCAUCCAAGAAAGAAAAGAGGCGGGUUGCGUUCCGUAUCCCGGUUGCUGUGGUGAAAGAGUUUAUAACGCCCGAACCAGACGAGGAACUGGCUUAUAGUGAUGUUUAGGUCCUACUUACACUACCAAUGUCGGAUCUACGAGAGUGCACAAGAGACAUUUCCCGCUACUUACGGUGCUCCACUACCACCUACCCACUACCCCUUAACCCAAAACAGCAUAGCCAGACAACACUUCGCUAUUUCUACAUCCCUGUGCUCAUAUAUUAUACUUAUAGUUGAA